AAAGUUUCUUAUUGAAGGCGAGCAAAGAUGGCGGACUACGACUUGACAACCAAAAUAGCACAUUUUCUGGACCGGCAUUUGGUUUUUCCUCUCUUGGAGUUCCUGUCAGUGAAAGGGAUCUACAAUGAGAAGGAACUUCUCCAGGGAAAGCUGGACCUCCUCAGCGAAACAAACAUGGUGGAUUUCGCCAUGGAUGUCUACAAAAACCUGUACGCAGACAAGGAAAUCCCACACUCCUUGAGGGACAAGAGAAGCUCUGUGGUGGCUCAACUGAAGCAGCUCCAGUCAGAGACGGAGCCCAUUGUCAAGAUGUUUGAAGACCCGGAGACGACUCGACAGAUGCAGUCCACAAGAGAUGGGAGGAUGCUGUUUGACUACCUGUCAGAAAAACACAAUUUUCGUCAAGAAUACCUGGACACGCUCUACAGGUACGCCAAAUUUCAGUAUGAGUGCGGUAACUACUCUGGGGCUGCAGAGUACCUCUACUUCUUCCGCGUCUUGGUUCCCUCGACGGACCGGAACGCCCUGAGCUCUCUAUGGGGGAAACUGGCGUCCGAGAUCCUGAUGCAGAACUGGGAAGCCGCCAUGGAGGAUCUCACCCGACUGAGGGAAACCGUCGACAACAAUUCUGUGAGUUCUCCGCUCCAGUCCCUCCAGCAGAGGACCUGGCUCAUCCACUGGUCCCUCUUCGUCUUCUUCAACCAUCCCAAAGGCCGAGACAACAUCAUCGAACUCUUCCUCUACCAGCCUCAGUACCUGAACGCCAUCCAGACAAUGUGCCCACACAUCCUUCGCUACCUCACGACCGCCGUCAUCACCAACAAAGACGUGCGAAAGCGCCGGCAAGUUCUCAAGGACUUGGUGAAAGUCAUUCAACAGGAGUCGUACACAUACAAGGACCCGAUCACGGAGUUCGUGGAGUGUCUCUACGUUAACUUCGACUUUGACAGCGCCCAGAAGAAGCUCAGGGAGUGCGAGUCGGUUCUCGUGAAUGACUUCUUCCUGGUCGCUUGCCUUGAGGACUUCAUCGAGAACGCCCGCCUCUUCAUCUUUGAGACAUUCUGUCGGAUUCAUCAGUGUAUCAGCAUCAGCAUGCUGGCAGACAAACUCAACAUGACGCCCGAGGAGGCGGAGAGGUGGAUCGUCAACCUCAUCCGGAACGCCAGGCUCGACGCCAAGAUCGACUCCAAACUGGGUCAUGUGGUGAUGGGCAACAACGCGGUGUCGCCAUACCAGCAGGUGAUCGAGAAGACCAAGAGUCUGUCCUUCCGUAGCCAGAUGUUGGCGAUGAACAUUGAGAAGAAGGUUGCCCACAGCAACAGGAAUGAGACUCCGAACUGGGCUGCUCAAGAUUCGGGCUUCUACUGAAAUAGAGACGUCAAGAGGAGGCAGGUGGCUCCUGGGAUGUUGUUUACUGCUUUUAUAUUGUAUUGAAGAGUUUUAUUAGCUUAUCCAUAUUUAUCAUAAAGUUUAACUUUACUAAAAACAUAAGAGAGGGAGGCAGCUGCCCUGAUUAACUUAUUAUUAUCCUUCAUGAUGCUUCAUAGAUAUUUAUAUUCACUUUCCUUCUCAAAAUCUAUUGUGAAUCUGGUUAUUUAUUUUAACAUUAAAUAUUUGUAGCCUCAUAGGAAAAACUGAUCUGAUUCUUCUUUCUUUAUUAUUAUUAUUCGACCACUAGAUGGCGACGUUUGUCAAUUUUGUUUUAGUACAGCUGUCUGCUGAAAGUUUUCAGCUGUGGGGCGAGGAGUUAUGGUAAUUAUUCCUAAAAUUAAACUCAUGAAACUUUGUGUAUCGGAGCCGUAGUGUAAACCCAACAGGAAGUCCGCCAUUUUGAAUGAGAUGUGCAAUUUUGACCCAUCAGAACCCCAGAUGACUGUGAGGGCCUUUAACGCUGCUUGUAGCUUUAAUUUAUUAAUUCAGUGUCUGAAUUUCAUAUUUGUAUUAUUUUUCAUAAAAAGGAAGAACAGACAGAUGCAAAUCUGACUUGUACAUGAAAUGAAAAAGGCCUGACCUGAUGAAAUUGGAUCAAAACUCACAAGACAUUAUUAUGCCUCGGUCACAACCUUGGAUGAAUUUCAAGUCUCCAAAAAUUCUAUCGUAACCCUGUUCAUUGGAGGUUCUUCUUUUUUUCUUCUGCUCAUACAGUUAAUAUUUCACCUCACCUGAUUAUUUUUUUUUUAUAUUGAAUGAUGCUGCGAAGAUUAUUCAGCAAAUGUUUGACUUAAAUACGUAAAUGUGCAGUGAACCAACAGGACAUAAAGUACAGACUGGGUUUGUUUUAAAACCUGUUGGGUAAAUAGUUUUGGUCUAUUAAAGUGUCUAUAUGUUCUCAGCUUGUUAAGUCUGUGUGACAUGUAGCAUGUAAUCUUAAAA